AUGCAUGCCCCGGCCCCGGCCCCCGCCCGGGGCCAAAAACGCCGUCGCGAAGACGAGCCCCGCCGCGCCGACAAGAAGGCCAAGAAGGCCAAAGACAAGGAUGGGGAUGUCCCCAUGGAGGAGGCCAAGACAGGCGGUCCCGAGUCCGCGGAGCUCGCCCUGGCUGCCGCCAAGGCGAACUUGAAGUUCGCCAAUGAGUUGGCGGAUGUGCCGCCGCUCCCCCCAGACGACGAGGAGGGCCUGUAA